AAAAGCGAACGAGGAAAGCAUCCAUUGGUCUUCCCGCCUGGAAUGUCUUGGCGCUCCCCAGCACUCUGCCCAGCACCUCCCAGCACUGAACACUUCCAAGCAUCCCAUCCGUUUUUCCAAUACGCUUCCAGGCUUUCCCCCCCAACCCCUCUCCCCCGUCAAUAAGACACGUCAACCGCAUUGUGCCGGCUGUCACGAUGCUCAUUCCAGCCGAACGCUACGUGCCCGCCUCCGGCAAACGCGCCAUCUACUACCACACAACCUGGGCCAACUACGGCCGUCGAUUCUUCGUCAAAGACCUCCCCAUCGACUACAUAACCGACAUCUCCUACGCCUUCUUCAACGUCGAGUCCGACGGCCGGGUGUGUUCGGGGGACCUGUGGGCGGAUGUGCAGAACCCGUUCACGGGCAACGGCGUCGAGCCGCAGAACGCGUGGGACAGUCCCAAAGAGUGUUUGGGGAACCUCGGGCAGUUCAACAAGCUGAGGAAACAGGGGAAGAGGUUCAAUUUUAGUUUAGCGAUUGGGGGGUGGACGUGGAGUAAGAACUUCUCUGAUGCGGUGCUGACGCCCGCACGGAGGCAGACGAUGGUCAGGUCGAUCGUAACCUUGUUUGAGGAGUGGCCUGGCUUGUUUAACGGCGUAAGCUUGGAUUGGGAAUACUUAUCGGAUGACGGCCGGAAUUACGGAAACGAGGGCAAUGUUGCCCGGAAAGAGGACGCAGACAACUUCAUCGAGUUGCUCAAACUGCUGCGGAGUGCGCUGGGCCCGGGGUUCAGUAUCGGCUUCUGUGCGCCAGCCGCGCCAGAGAAAUUGAAGAUCCCGCUAGAGCGCAUUCAUCCGUUCCUCGAAGAAAUCCAUGUCAUGACGUACGAUUUCCAUGACGGCGCAUGGGGCGAAUCUGUUUCCGGCCAUCAGACGAAUCUGAGGAGAUCAUUGCAUGGUGCAAACUCUGUAGAGGAGGCGGUCGACUUGUACCUCAGCCGUGGGGUGCCGCCGUACAAGAUCUUCAUCGGGGCUGCGUUAUACAGCAGGGGAUUCGCAAACACGGACGGGUUGGGAAAGCCUUGCAGCGGCGGAAGCCCCGACAAAUCAUGGGAGAACGGCGUCGUCGACUACAAAGCCCUGCCCGUACCAGGGGCCAGUGAGAUGUUCGACCCCGUUGCGUGUGCAGCAUACUCAUACGAUCCGGCGAGGCGGGUGCUGAACUCGUAUGAUAACCCGCAAACAGUCAUAGAGAAAUGCCGCUUCGUGUUCGAGCGGAAUCUGGGAGGGUUGCUCAUUUGGGAGUCGUCCGGCGAUGCCCCGUUUAGUAGUGAGAGGAGCAUAAUGAGAGCUAUCGCGCAGAACCUUACGCAUGGGAAUCCUAGUUCCUGAGAAGCGAUGGUAGAUUUCGGCAGAUGUAGUGCAGAGUAGUGAUGCUAGCUUUAGAUAUGGAUCAAUACGCCGCAUCUCAUUAAGGAAUGGACAAAAGAAAGUCUUCCUAAUCUAUACUAUGUUUCAUACGACUGGCCAGCAGCCUUCAAA